GAAAAAUGCCACACCCGUGUGCCGUAUGCGGUCGUUCGCGUAUGAAUCCAAACAAUAGAGAGGAAGAGUACAUGUUUUUUGGGCUUCCCGUUAAUGACGAAACUAGAUGCAGAAAGUGGCUGGAAUUCUGCUGUCGCGAAGAUUUGUACAAACUUACAAAAAAACAAUUACUUCAAAGAAUGGUUUGUUCGAAGCAUUUUGAGCAAAAGGAUUUUCUAAAUGAAUAUUUCGACAGAUUGAACGGUACAGCAGUACCUUCCAUUUACGAUCCUAAACAAAGUUUGUACAACAUAACCUGUGUACUGUGUGGUCGUUCUCGACGAGAUCCACCAGAUUUAAAUUACGACGGUACAACUUUUCACCAUUUUCCUGGGGAAGAGUUUCGAUGUCUUAAAUGGCUCGAUUUCGUUGGUGUAGAUUCGUAUUAUAGACUAACGAGAAAAGAAAUUUUGUUUUGUUACAUUUGUUCAAAACACUUUGACCGUUCCCAAUUUUUGCCUGGUUAUAAAAACAGAUUGGUAGACAAUGCUGUACCCAACAUUCGCAAUCCUGAUCAAUUAGACGGAUCUGAACAGUAUAACAUGGAAGUUACAUCCGAGCCAAAGUCGUAUAGUUCCGCAGAGAAAAUAUUAGAUCCUUUACCACCUGCUGUUUUAGAAAGUCAAGCAUGCGCCGCAUGCGGUAGAUCAAGAUCUGAUCCUAUGAACAAAUUGGAAAGAUACAAGUUCCACCCUUUCCCUGCUUAUGAAAUUGGAAGGUGUUUAAGAUGGUGUCAGUUUUUGGGAAGAGAGGAUCUGUUGAAAAUGUCUCCGAAUCAAAUACGAAAAUUAGUUCUCUGUUCCAAACAUUUUCAGACAGGCCAGAAUUUCCAUAAAGUAGGGCCUUGCGAUGCAGUUCCGACUAUAAAAGAUGUAUCGCAUGUAAACCCAAUCAAUCCUGUAGAACAAAUCGAAGAUGAACAGGAUAUUAUAGAGGAAUCUAAUUGUAAUGAUACGGCUAAGGGAAUUAAAAAACAAAAUUUUCCAAGACCUUUAGUAUCUAGCAAAAAACCAAAGAUAGAUAAUAAGCCUACACCUCUUGCAAAAAAACGUGGCAAGUCUAAAAGGCCGACACUCAUUAACAUUCCAAGGCCUGAUUCUAAUAACAUUGAAAAUCGUGUGAUGAGAAAAUUACCCCUUCCUCCUAAUUCUAAUUGGAAAGUUCAAUUCAUGGAUCAACUUCAACCUAUAACAGUAGGAAACAAUAUUAAAUCAAGUAUUACAAAUAAUAUCCAACCUAACGUAAAGAAAGUGAUUUUACCAUUUACUGCUGACAUAUCAAAUUUGGGCGAUCCUAUACCGGUACAUAGUUUAGCCAGCAUUCCUCCAGGUUUAUUGAUUAAGAUAAAUCUUCCAGAACAAGAGCAACAAAAUCUGCUGAAUGCUAACAAAAAGCAAACUAGAACAAAAAUCACCCAUAUUCCUACUACGUCCAGCGACAUCGAUAAAAAACAACUGCACAUGAAAAAUGGUCAAGCAUUGAUUACGCUACCUGUGAGGAAACAAUCCAAGGAAGAUACAGAUAAAAAUUUAGUUGAAUUUCUAUCAAUUUCUCCUGAAGAAACGGAACAUAAAAUGAAUUCAAAAGGAUUAGAAGCGUGCAAAGUUAUUUUGCCGCAUUCAUUGGAAGCAUCAGACGAAGAAGUGGAAGAAUGUUUGACUUUGAAACAACAAAAACUUGUGCGACGUAAAAAAGCUUCAAGAAGAAUGCGCAGAACAAUUUUCCCUAUUACAAGCGAAGUUAGAUAUUUUUUGCGGAAACUUGCACCCCAUAUGCAUAGACUGCCUAGAAAAACUAGAUCACGGAUGAAACUUUCGAUAGUAAAUAUGGUAAUUGAUCGCUUGUAAAUUUGUUGAGAUAUAAAUAAAUUAUAGUAUUUGUAAAGAUGUAUACAUAUAUAGUUGAAUAUAAAUAUUUUAAAUGGAUAUGUAUAUUUGUAACUGAAUGUAUAUUAAAAACAAACAGGUACAUACUUUUUAAAUACUAGCAUGUAAGAUAUAUUAUUUGUAUUAUUUCGAAACCUUACGGUACACGUAUUGUAUGUCAACUUUUUCUAAAUUUAUGUUUUUACAUGCUAAAAAUAGGUUUUUAAUGUCUCUGUAUGCUACAUAAAUAUCACGCUUUCGUCUACUGUAUAAAUUUGUUAUAACGAAUCUUUUCGUUUAUCGUAUGUGUCUGAGAAUUUAUUAGUUUCUCUAUAGAAACGUUGUAGGUACAUUUAUCCCAAAGAACACAAUAUUUUUACACAAGACUUCUGAGACGUAUAAUUAAUACAAUUCCUAAUUAAUUUAUUCAACUUUAAAGUAUCAUUUAAUCUGAGAAAGGCUAAAAGUAGAUGUACAAUAUCUGUGUAGUAAGCGGUAUACAUAUAUUUAUAAAAGAAUGGUGAUAGGUAUGAUAAUAAUAGGUUAAAAUAAGAAAAGGUUUUGUAGAGUACAAAUGAUAUUUGUAGUAAAUUCUUUGAUAAAUUUUGUUAUUUGUUUUACAUAAUUGUCGAAAGGUACAUGUUUAAAUGUAAGAAGCGCAGAAUUGUCGAGAUUGAUAAAAAAUGACGGUUUAUUUUGAAAAUCAACGAAAAAUCAUUUGGAAAUUUAUAAAAAGAUUUAUCGUACAAUGAAUAUUUAUGGGAAAAUUACGGAGAUAUAAGAUAAGAAUAAUUUGUUCAAAUAUCUGUCUUUUGUCAAUGAAAUAUAUUUUCGUUUAACGCACAA